AUGACCUCUGACCAGCAUCCACAUGCUGCGGCUGAAGUAGCAGAGAAGGUGCUGCGAAGGGUGGAAAUUGCAAAGGUUGCUCGAAACCUCCAGGACUGUUUGGCUUUUGCAAGCUUCAAGGCCCAGAAUGGCUGGCAAGAUCGUACGCUGGCCUCGAUCGAACCCGAGUUCACCGAGAAGCUGAAGAGAAAGAGACCAUUUCUGGAGGAAGAUCUACCUUGUGAUACCUCGUCUGGAUCCGACGACGAAUUUGUCCCUACCUCGUCAAUUGCCAAUAAUCGUUUUUCGAAGCCCUCCAACUCUGCCUUUAAAAUCCCCGAGCCUCCAUUCGCUGCGAGGAAAAGAGUCCGGUCGUCCUCUGUGACAGGCCUGGACAGACAGUCAAGCACGUUGACAUGGAAGCAAGAUCACCGACUGCCCCAGUCUUCUCCUCUAUUGAAUCGGGCACAGUCCUUCCAGGAGCAUCCAGUCUUUCAUACCGACUCUGCUAGAACGCCUCGCCUUGCUAAUGACGACUCUCCCAUGUUUGAUGUUCACUCCGAUGACGAAGAUCAUGACCUACCCAUGCCUGCAUUUGGCAACGAACCGUCAAGCAGUAUUUUGUCCUCAUCACCUCCACGAACACCUCCUCCCACGAAACGCUUCUUAAAUGGCAACUCCAAGCAAUCUGGGGCCGACCUCCUACUCUAUCUGGCAAAUUCACCCUCUAGGUCACCAGCUAUCAAUAUCCACAGAACCUCGGACUCGUCGAAAGAACCACCCUCGACACCACCUUCGCAGCAUUCACAUCUCCCUUCGUCAGUAAUGACCACUCCGGGCACUCAUCUUGGAUUGUUCAAUGGCGCUCUACAAACUCCAGGCCAGAAUUUCAACUUGGCCGACUUCUGCAAUGUCACUCCUUCACCUGCACCUGCUCAGUGGGGCAACCGGACUCCCACCAUUAGCAAGACUCCCAGCCGGUUUACAAGAGCCAGUUUGAAUUUUGAUACCUUGCAGCCUCCGUCCGGCAGUCCCACCUUGCCACGAAAGGCUCCGACCAGCCAGGGACUGGCUCUGCAACUGGGUGACGAACUGAUUCCAAGAUCAUAA